AUGCCAGGACUAGGACGAUUUUCAAAAGGCAAGCCACAAACACCUUCCGGCAUUCCAAACAUUGCCCAAACCACGGGAGCGACACCCGAAGCUAUGCCAGAGGAAGAAGGAAAUUGGUUGCAGUUUGACGUCUCGGGCAUGGACUUUGACAGCUUUGGAGGAGAUAAUAAUGAUGCAGCAUCCUUUGGAUACCUCGACACGAAUGCUCAAGAUGACGAGGAAGAAGAACAAGUCUUGCCACUGCCAGCCAAUGCAGCAACGAACCAAGCAACAUCCACGAAGGGGCUCGGACUGAGCAUGUUCAAGAACAAGGCAAGCAAUAGCACUGCUACAAAUGAAUUGCCUACAGCUACCACGGCCACUGACAAUACUGAAGACACUGUCAUGCAAACUAACACUACUGAGCCCAAUGCUGCUGCUGCAUCUGAAGAAAAUGAUCUCCAAAACCCGGUUGCUACUGGAUAUGCUCAAGAACACCAAGACCAAGACACUCUAAUGACGGAAUCUCAUGAUUCUUCUCUUGCCGCAUUGCAUCCAGCUGAACAAGCUAAUGACACAUCCAAUUCAUUGGGUGGUUCAAGUACUGGUCUUGCCAUGUUUGCUUCAGCUGGAGGAAAUGCACGAGCUCCAGCUGCUGCUCGGGUGGGCCAACAACAAACGGCCAAUAGUGGCAAUGCGAACUCUGCCAGACCUGAAUUCUCCUUACUCGCUCGUGCUAGUACUGACAAUGUAACUGGAGGCAACGAGAAAACUUCCGAAGGCAGUACUCCUUCCAACGCUCGCACUAUUCCAAACUUCACACCAACAGCCACGGAAGCAGGAACCGCCCAAGUUUUGCCUCCCAUGGGAGCACCCACUCGCGUUCUUCCAUUGCCUGCCAAGAUGGCACCACCAUUGGUUCCACCAACCAAUCAACAAGCAAGACAAGGUGUGAUUCCUCAAUUCGCCGCCAAUCGCAGCAUUCCUCAAGAAGGCCAAACCACACCAAAGCAGCCACUUCGAAUUGCUCGACAAUCCAAUGCGAUGGCCAAGACUACUCCGCACCAAACUCAAAUGCCACGUCCAGCGAAUCAUCUACAAACCCCAAGGACUAUCAACCGCCAGCAGCAGAUGAAUGCCAAUCCUGCUGCGGGUCUAGUAUUGAAACAUCAUCAUGCUCCAUUUUCGGCCGUGACUCCUUCGCCAACCAACACCAAUCGUCCCAACCCAAUGCGAAGAAACAACAACAACAACAACAACAACAACAACAACAACAACAACAACAAGAUGAAAAAUGUGGUGUUGCCAUCGAGCAAACCCCGUGCUAGUCCUCAUCCAAACCAGCAAGGAAAUGGUACCGUUGUACCUCCUCCAGCUGCUGCUACUCAAGCUCCUGCUACUCAAGCUGCUACUCCAGCUCCUGCUACUCAAGCUGCUGCUGCUGCUGCUACUACUACUACUCAAGCUGCCACAACGGAUGAUAACGAUUCGUCUCCACCUCCACCAGACUCGACACCCGAUUUCAACGAUUUGCACGCUCAAUUUCUCAGCGACAUUCGGGACUUGGAGGAUACCCAAGAUGUCAAUGCGGACCGACUCCUUUCCAUGGAAUCCAACUUGGCCAUUGCCUAUUCGGUCCUCUUGCAGGAUCAGUUUCAAUUCUUGCACCUACUCGACAAAUUGGAACAUGUCACCCACGAGACGGACCAAGCCAUUACCAAAUAUCAUCAUCAAACGGCUUGA